AUGUUUCGAGCCUUGGAGCCAAUAGGCGGCGGCUCCCAGCCCCACGUGAAGGGAGCCUGGCCUGGCAGCAGGCAAAAUGUGAAUGAGAAAGAGGAGCGCGAUUUAAAGGUGCUGGCGGCGCCCGCGGAAGACAAGUGCGCCAGCUUCGCGGGCUCCCCAGCCGCCCGAGGGAGGCGACCGACAGCAGGGCAGACAGACGGACGCACGGACGCCAGGGAGCCCGGGCCGAGGGCCGCGGAAGCGACGCGUGUGGGCUCCGACGGGCAAACAGCGGGAAGCAGCUCCAGAGAGCCCACGGGGCCCGGGCGCCUACUCCACUCCGGGGCGCACGGCCUCACCCCGCGCACUGCUCGCACCCGCUCCUGCCGGGGAUGCAGCGGGCCCAGGACUGAGGAGCAUCUGCUCUCCGGGUCCUGCUCGGCCCCUGCCCGGUGCAGCCGGCUGUGCUCCCAGAGCCCGGCGGGCUUCCCGGUGGCGGCGAGGGAAGGGAAGGCCAGUGUGCGAAACGUAAUAAAACGCCGUUUGGUUUUGCUUUCAGUCGGGGCUGUCAGAGGACAAGGGAAAGACGAGUCAAAGGUGGAAGACGACCCGAAGGGCAAGGAGGAGAGCUUCUCGCUGGAGAGCGAUCUGGACUACAGCUCGGAUGACAAUCUGACUGGCCAGGCGGCUCACAAGGAGGAAGACCCCGGCCACGCACUGGAGGAGACCCCGCCGAGCGGCGGCGCCGCGGGCAGCACCACGUCCACGGGCAAGAACCGGCGGCGGCGGACUGCCUUCACCAGCGAGCAGCUGCUGGAGCUCGAGAAGGAGUUCCACUGCAAAAAGUACCUCUCGCUGACCGAGCGCUCGCAGAUCGCCCACGCCCUCAAACUCAGCGAGGUGCAGGUGAAAAUCUGGUUCCAGAACCGCCGGGCCAAGUGGAAAAGGGUCAAAGCCGGCAAUGCCAACUCCAAGACAGGGGAGCCGUCCAGAAACCCCAAGAUCGUGGUCCCCAUCCCCGUGCACGUCAGCAGGUUCGCCAUCAGAAGUCAGCACCAGCAGCUGGAGCAGGCCCGACCCUGAGGGCCCAGGGAGGGCCAGGGCCUGGACCACCAUGGAGAAGCCACAGCGCUGGAGGGAGCCCGUGGUGGACCCCACCAUGUUGGAAGCAAAACUCCAAGUCACCCCCCAACUUUGGACAUCCCAAGCAAAUUGAGAAUAUAUUCAUUAAACAGGCUUAAAAGACUGCUUUUGAAGGGGCUACAGCUACACCUGAAGACACACUAAAUAUUUAUUAUACUGUCCUACUUUGUACAUAGAUAUCUAUAUAGACUAUCUCAGUUGCAGUAUUUUGAAAGUUAUAGGGCCAAACUACCCAGUUCUAUCCUCCGCCCACAUCCCAGAAGAAAGUAAAACCUCUGCUGUUACCUGCCACGCAUAGCAGCCACCUUUCCAUACUUUUCCAAAGGUAAACAUGACAUGCAAGAACAAACACUGGGGUCUACACUUAUUUUUGUUUCUAUUCUGGCUUUUUCAGUUGACUGAAAGCAGACGUUUUGGGGGCAGCCUGGAAAUUCGCUUUGCUUUGGUUUUGCCUGGCUUUCUUUCCUGGGGUUGCAUAGCCUAUCUGAGCCACGUCUGAAGCACGUCUCCCUUGUGUUUAAUUUAUUUCAA